UAUACUCAUAAGUAGUGGAGCAAAGCCAAAUUUAAGUUUUGGUUUUCAAUUACAAUACUUGCUUUCUCAAUCACAAAGCAUUGUCAAUUUGGCAAAACGUUAAAAGUACCCAAAACAAAAAUGUCAUCGGAAAAUGGGAAACUUGACUCGCCGGAGUCCGAAGACACGAAAUUGACCUUAGGGUUGCCCGGUGAGUCAUCGAAAGCUGCCGGGACUAAACGUGGAUUCUCGGGGACCAUAGAUCUUAAUCUUGGGAGCUCAAGAUAUCAUCAGGAGGAUCACCAUGGUAAUUACGAUGACCACCAUGAUGAUGGAGCCAAUAUAGACUUGGGAAUGGCGGCUAAACCUUCUGCGGCAAAGGCACAAGUGGUGGGGUGGCCACCGGUGAGAGUGUCAAGGAGGAAUACGAAAAGGAGCUGCAAAUACGUGAAAGUAGCGGUAGAUGGAGCUCCAUAUCUGAGAAAAGUGGAUCUCCAAAUGUACAAUACCUAUCACCAGCUCUUGACUGCUCUUGAGGACAUGUUUUCUUGCUUCACCAUCCGUAAUUAUUUGAACGAGAGGAAGAUGAUGGACCCGGUAAAUGGAAUGGAAUACGUUCCGACUUAUGAGGACAAAGACGGUGACUGGAUGCUUGUUGGAGAUGUACCAUGGAACAGAAUGUUCGUUGAAUCAUGCAAGCGGCUACGGUUGAUGAAAAGCUCAGAAGCAAUUGGGUUAGCUCCAUGUACACCCCCCAAAAGGACAAGCACGACUCCAAAGAAACAUUUAUAAUGGAUGAGGUAUAUAGAAAUGAUGGAUAUGUGUACAGGAGCUGUUUCCUUCAUUUCAUUUGUUGGGUUGUCCGGAACUGAUCUUGAUCAGAUAUUUCACAAAACGAAUUUACAGUUACCCAAAAUAAGAGAUGCUAUUCCUUGUAACUAUACAUCUCUAUGUUGUAAGGUAUAUAUAUAGAUUAGUAGAAAAAAUUUGUUGUUGGAGGCCACUUUUUCUCUUAUAUGUACGUGGUGUAAUUGGCAUACUUUUCUUUUUUAGAUUUUAGUGUUCUCUAAUAUUAAUUUUUUUAUGAAUCUGUAAUAUACUCAAACAUAUAUGAGACCUUGACUUUUUGUCA